GAUGGCACAGACGUGAGGGCGCUCUUUGAGCUCACACUCGUGGACCAGAGCGGAAAGAACAGACACAAGGUGCAUAGUCAUUUUGGAAGGGCGCUUGAGAGCGGGCCUUACUCCCUUAAAUACAGGGGAAGCAUGUGGAUCACUAGUAUGAGGCUCUGUGCAACUGCUGGUUGGCGUCCCCUAUGUCUUGGAGCCAUCUUACAACCAAUACUCUGAAAACUAAUCAACCUUGCUCUAAUACCAACUGAUAUAGAGACAAUGAGGGAAGACAAAGUCCUAAAGGCAGUCAAACUAUGAAUAAAUGCUAAGAUAAUUCCGAAGACCAAGUAAGAUACCAAGAUUGAUUGAUAUUCUAAAAGUCUGCACCACUUCUUGAUAAUUCCCAAAACUUAAAAGGCAACAAAAGGUCAUUAUUGCAAAAGUUACUGCAUCAGUUUCUAAUGGGUGGGUCUCUCAUUUUUGCAUUGUUGACUCAGGGUUGCUUUACAUGUGCAUAGUGCCAUUUAGUGAUAGCUUCAUGAUUGUCUCUCAUUUUUUAGAUCUUUUCUUUUUUAAUUAUUGGUUUGACUGUGGACUACAUUUUCAUGUUCAAGUUGAAAGCAAAAGCUACUGUAAAUAUGUAUAGCUACAGCUACAAAUCUAUGGAUAUUGUUAAAAUUAAUUACUUUGUCAUUCAACUCAAUAAGUUAACUUGUUGGGUUGGGGCAUUUCACAUAAGUUAUACAUAUUCCAACACUCCCUCUCAUGUGUGGGCUGAGCAAUCCGAUGACCCAACACGUGUACAACAAACAACGUGCAACACUAGGGCUACUUCCACACAAGGUGGGGCUACAACAAAUGGGGGUUUAAAAUUGCGGAAGCUAAGGGGUUUCAAACGCUUUUUCAAAAGAAGUAUGUUAGAGACUUCAGACUACCUUAAAGAUGAUUGCCUCUUGAUACGCUGUCGUGUUGGUGUCGUUAGGUCUCAAACAGAAGGACCUAAGACUUACAGUAUUACAGUUCCACCUUCUGACAUUGGUCAGCAUUUUGGGCAGCUUUUAGAAAGCGGAAAGGGAGCAGACGUGAUAUUUGAGGUUAAUGGAGAAAAUUUUCCUGCACACAAGUUGGUUCUUGCAGCACGUUCCCCUGUGUUUAAGGCACAACUCUUUGGUCCAAUGAAGGAUAUUAACACUGAGUGCAUAGACAUUGAAGACAUGGAAGCCCCAGUUUUUAAGGCUCUACUUCAUUUUAUCUACUGGGAUGCCCUACCUGAUAUGGAAGAGCUUGUUGGUCACAACUCUAAAGGGGCUUGUACAUUGAUUGCUCAGCAUCUGCUCGCUGCAGCAGAUCGCUAUGCUCUUGAGAGACUCCGAUUGAUCUGUGAGGCUAAACUUUGUGAAGAUGUCGCCAUAAAUACUGUUGCAACAACUUUAGCCUUGGCAGAACAGCAUCAGUGUUAUCAACUGAAAGCCGUUUGCCUUAAAUAUAUUGCAACGCCUGAAAAUUUAAAAGCUGUGAUGCAAACAGAUGGAUUCAGGCACCUAAAAGACAGCUGCCCGUCAGUCCUAACUGAACUGCUGCAGUAUGUGGCCAGGGUUGGCGAACAUUCUGCUACUGUUGGAUCUGGAAAAGAUUCAUUCUUAGAUGGCUGUGACAUGAACGACAGGCGAGUGAAGCAAAGGUUUCGUUGAUUGCGGAAAUAACAGGUAGCACCUUUGGCACCUCAUGAGGACCAAAAAAAAAAAAAAAAGAUGUUUUUAGGGCUAGACAUUCUUUUUGACUGUACAAAACAGCUUGAUAGUUAAUAAGAACUGCCCAGUUAGACAUUGGUUUGGGGUUCAGAGUGAUGGCUGUGGCUGAUGGUCUGAGGGUUUUGUGGUUUUUGUUUUUAAUCCUAAACAUCUGGAUAUCAUAUAUCUUGUUGGUGCUAAUCAAUUAGAUUGUGACA